GCCAAAUAACGGAGCCAUUCCGUUAGCAACACCCAAUGGCUACCUUAGGCGCACUACUUUGGAUUGCCGUGGGUGUAUUGCUCUCCCUCCGCUUUUAUCUUAACAACAUCAAGCGCCCUCCGAAUUAUCCACCGGGACCACCGAGAGUGCCCAUAUUAGGCGAUUAUGCGCUGUUGUUACUCAUAAACGGCCGUCAUUUGCAACGGGCAGCCAACAAAUUGGCCGCGUACUAUCGCACCAAAGUGCUCGGUCUAUCGAUCGCCGGUGUUCCAACGAUCGUCGUGAACGAUCUAUCGCUCGCGCGCGAGAUACUGAAUCGAAGGCAAUUCGAUGGAAGGCCAGAUCUGUUUUUGGCCCGAAUGCGCGAAAAGCAUUUCAACCGACGAGGCAUCUUCUUCACCGACGGUCCAGCUUGGAAGGAUCAGCGUUGGUUCUUCCUGCGGCAUCUGCGAGACUACGGAUUCGGCCGACGAUCGGAGCAGUACGAGCUGGAGAUGGAGGGUGAGCUAUUGCAGCUGAUCGAUGUGUUACAGUACGGUAAGCGACACGAUUAUGAAGCCGAUUUCUUGUCCGCCGACGGUUACGUGAAAUGUCCGGACGUGUUUUUCGUCACUCUUGCCAACGCAUUUCUUCAGAUUCUGUUAGGCGAGCGGUAUCCUCGUGACAAAGCCGGCACACUGGUCAAUGCGGCUCGCAAUGGACUAUUGUUCCUAAAGAAUGGAGACGAUUAUGGUACAUUGUACAGCUACUUCCCUUGGAUGCGCUUCAUUUACCCAUUCUCGAAAAAGUACCAUAAAAUUCGCGAUGGAAUGUUGGGAUUGUGCCGGUUUGUCGAGAUGCUCCUGAUGAGACAGCAGCACAGCUUCGAUCCCGAUCAUCCCCGACAUUUCGUCGAUCUUUAUCUGCGUGAAAUGCAGCGGCAUGUACCGUCCGAGGGAACCUUCACCUUUCAGCACGAUCAGUUGGUGGUAAGUUUGGCUGACUUCUACCUUCCCGCUGUAUCCGGAACGUCCGUACAACUAUCCAUGCUUCUGGAGCGGCUUUUGUUACAUCCCGAGGUGGUAGCGCGGAUACAGCAUGAGAUCGACGAUGUUGUUGGUCACGGUAGGCUACCGGCGCUAAGCGACCGUGCCAACCUUCCCUACACCGAAGCGACGUUACGGGAGAGUUUGCGUAUCGACACGCUCGUCCCUUCCGGGAUCGUGCACCGGGCAAUGGAAAACACAACUUUCCAAGGGUACAACAUCGAACAAAACACCCUGAUCCUGGUUGGACUCGAGCGGGUCAAUAACCAGCCGGAGGAAUGGGGAGACCCGGAAAACUUUCGUCCUGCACGCUUCCUGGACGAUAACGGACGCCUUGUGCUAUCGAAAGAUCGUUCUCUGCCGUUCGGUUCCGGAAAGCGUUUAUGUGCCGGAGAAACUUUUGCCCGCAACACCAUGUUCCUGAUCGUGGCUGCUGUGUUGCAGCACUUCAAUUUGCGCCAACGUGCCUCAGAUGGUUUGCCGGAUCUAUCUAAGCGCAGUUCCGACUUCAUCGUGUCGCCCCAGGAUUUUUGGAUUCUAUUUGAGCCACGAUGAUAUU